UGGGAGGAGAUUGCGCGGAGCACGCCGGGAUGAUGGAGAAUUUUUCCGCUCUCUUCGGAGGGGCAGACCCUCCUCCGCCCACCACAGCCGCUGCGCUGGGCUUUGGCCCUGGAAAACCAGGAGGACCCGGGACUGGGCCGCCUCCCGUACCUGCGGUGACUCCUGUCGGAGAGGAGGCGGCGCGCAAAGCGGCGGCGGCGGCCAGCGGCCCUUUUUACCUAAUGCGGGAGUUACCAGGCACCACUGAACUAACAGGAAGCACAAACCUGAUCACCCACUACAAUCUGGAGCAUGCUUACAACAAAUUUUGCGGGAAAAAGGUGAAGGAGAAGCUCAGCAACUUCCUACCAGACCUGCCGGGGAUGAUUGACUUGCCAGGCUCUCAUGACAACAGCAGCCUGCGUUCUCUAAUUGAGAAGCCCCCCAUCUGUGGGAGUUCAUUCAAUCCCAUCACCGGGACCAUGCUGACAGGUUUUCGUCUCCACGCAGGCCCGCUGCCGGAGCAGUGCCGCUUAAUGCACAUCCAGCCACCUAAGAAAAAAAACAAGCACAAACACAAGCAGAGCCGUACUCAGGAUCCUGUCCCUCCAGAAACACCUUCAGAUUCUGACCACAAGAAAAAGAAGAAGAAGAAAGAGGAUGAUCCUGAAAGAAAGAGAAAGAAGAAGGAGAAAAAGAAAAAGAAGAACCGGCAUAGCCCUGAACACCCAGGUGUGGGCAGCUCUCAAGCCAGCAGCAGUAGCAGCCUCCGAUAAAGCCCUACCAAGAAGUGUGAUGGAGAGAGCUCUCCAGGAAGGUGCUACAGAGUUGUUGAGAAAAGGAGUAGCAGCAAGAAUGGGGGAGCCACUGCUGACUUCCUCUCCACCUUAUGGAGGGCCAUGUAGACGAUGACUACUGGAUGGAACUUCUGAGACUCCAUUGGGUUCCCUAUAGGAGCACAGACUUUGCCUGGGACAUAAUGCAGGCUGGUCUCUUUAUAUGAGAGCCCUGGUUUGUUUGUUUUCGUCUUCUUUUCUUUUGUACAAAAUGUUCCUGACCAAGUUGGGAUGUGUCUGUCUCACAUUUUAAUUAAAUCUCUGUUGGAGGAGAUGCUAAUGCUUUGAAGGAAUCCUGGCUUGUGCAGCCUCUUUUCCCCAUGUCAUGGGCUUACAGGCAGCUCUGUAUUCUUCUGCAAUUAAUAGAUAAUAGGAAGAGACUCCAGAGGGGUUUUCUGUUAUAGGGCAUAGCCUGAGGCCGGUAGAUGAGUUAGUAGUCCGACUGGAAAGAGCUGGUCUGACUACAUGCUUUUGAAAUAGGAAAGGAGAAAAGCCAGGACUUUAAGACGGGAGAAGAGAUAUGACAGAGCUGGAUUUCAUUGUCCAGUUAUUCUUGCCAGUAAAUAAACUUGCUUUAAUAUCAGAUGGACAGCUAAGUGAAAAUUGUUGACCUUUUCCUUUAGCGAUGGAAGCACGACAGGGCCAAGAAGGUGCGCUGUAAAUCAAAGUACAAAAUUGUUGCAGGAUUAUUUUCCUCAAGGGAUCAUUUAUUAGGUAAAGGCUUCUCUAUAGGUUGUUGCUUCUUUUUUUAAACUGAUAAGUUUUGAUCUUUGCUAGCAGGAGGGGAAAAUGAGCAACAGAUGUAAGCUGAAGAUAUGGAAUUCUUCUCCAGAAACCUCAGCUGGACAAUAGAAAUAAUUGAUCUGCUUUAUGCCUUCUGUAGUGUAGCUGUGUUCUUAUAUACGCUUGCUAAAAUGGUGACGUACGUCUUCAGGUGGUGUUCUUAUCUGCACCUCCCUGUCUUGCUUCUAAAUAACAACAAAUCAGUGACAAAUCUGCUUGCAUCUGCAGCAACAGCUGAAAAAAAGAACCCUGAUGGGGUGAUGAGAGGAACUUGUUUUAAAACAGCUGCUUCUUGCCUACUGGCAGGGGAAUUCCAUCACAGUUUACACCAGGAUCAGAAUGAGAUUGGAUCUGUGCUUUUAUCAGAGUACCUCUUAGGUUCAAAUUAGAUGUGACAUGGGAGAUCUCUGGUCAGAACUCCUAUGCCUUUCAGUGGGGUGGAAAGAAUUAGGGCCCUGGCGGUGGUGGGAAGCAGUAAAAAUUGCCUGUCCCAGGCAACAAAAAAAGGGCAGGCCCAAUAUGGGUGUUGGUCCCUCACUCCCCUGCACUUGCUCAGCAGCUAAUCCCAGUUUGGGGUGGGUGUGUCAGUUUCUAUCAGGAAAACUGCAUGGGGUGCAGUUAACACCUGCCCAAAGUACUGUGGCCUCAGUGCAAAUCUUCCCCGUUUUUAACCAAAGAAAAAGAUGUUGGGAAAUCUGCUCUGGGCCUGCCCCUGACCUUUUGAUAUAGCUGUAGAUAGAUGGGGCUUAGAAAGUAAAAUGGAGAGGCUUUGGCUAAUGCCUUGGUCUAUUGUGUCAGCUUUUCAUGUGCUGCCUUGCUUGCAAAGGAGGGUUUGCUUCAUCCCAAAGGAAUGUAUUCCAUGAUGCAAAGGUGUUUGUAGACCAACUCUUGUGUGUAUGCUUCAUGUUGCUCCGUGACUAACUGGAGAAGGGGCAGGUUUGCACUUGACACUUCCUGUGGAAGAGCUCUGAGUAUAGACUACUUCUCUAUAUAAACUAGAGGAAUUUAUGCAAAUAAUAUGACCUUCAUUAACUCUAGCUGGAUACAAUAAUUCAGGUGGUGAGGUGGAAAGCAAAAAUAAUGAGGCUUGUUUAUGCAGGAUACCAAAGGGAGGCAUAGGGUUGGGUUCUUUUCCCCCUUCGGUGGAUGGAAAAAUAGCUAAGCUCUUUGCAGUUGUAUGCAAGUUUAUCAGCACUUAAGGCUAAAAGGGUUAGAAACUUAGUAAUGCACUCCUGCACUGUGAAUUGCAGCUGUUUAUGUCUGAUUUGCAUCAGAGCUCUGCAGAUUUCCAUUUUUAAACUUUCUGGCUGUCGUGUUUGCAAGGAAAAGCAUAUAAAUAAAGUUAGCAUUCUGAUGAGUCAUAAAUAGGGCAGCUGGCAAGUAGCAAGACUGUCGAACCUCUGCACCCACGCCUCCAGGAUUUGGCUCUAGCUGCCCUUUCAUCCUCCAACCCAAUGCAUCCUGUAGUCCAUUGCAGCUAUUGAAAAGGGUGGUGUGUUGUAAGAAACAGCAACAAUGGAAAUAGAGGUUGGUCUGCAAUUUCUUCUGUCUGCAAAUUUCUACAGAUGCACGGAGAGAAGUUCAUUGCACAGGAUCCUUUCAGGAGAAUCUUUCAUAAUCACCCUCUAGGUUGUAUUCCUCCUCGAGGAAAUAGAUGACAUUAUCCAUAAUGUUGGGCUGCCAGCUGUCAAAAGCAGAUAAAUUUGUGCACAAGUUCUUCUGCUACCUCUACAAAAGUGAAUAUGUGCCAAUAGGCAGCUUGAGCAUAGUUAUCACCCACUUCAGACAGUGCCUGGCUGUUGGGCACCAGUUGUGAGUUUGAUUACUUCCUCCCUUUGGCUGUAUUGAUUUCCUUCACUACUUCCAGGUAUAAUAAAUGUAAUUUAUCUCUAA